AUGCAGCAGCCACCUGGUUUCGAGGAUGCUCGUUUUCCCUCGCAUGUGUGCAAGCUUCAGCGCGCACUCUAUGGACUCAAGCAGUCCCCUCGUGCAUGGUACGCUCGGAUCAGUGCUCGUCUUCUCGCUUUGGGUUUUGCCUCCUCCAAAGCAGAUACAUCUCUGUUUUUCUUCCGCUAUCGUGAUGUUCAGAUCUAUAUGCUUGUCUAUGUGGAUGACAUUGUCAUUGCCGGAUCUUCUCCACGUGCGGUUGAUGGUCUUGUUCAUGCCCUCGCUGCCAGUUUUCCUAUCAAGGACCUUGGGCCGUUGGAGUAUUUUCUUGGUCUGGAAGCGUCCUACAAUUCAGGGGGGAUGACAUUGACUCAACGGAAGUUUGCCUUGGAUCUUUUACACCAUGUGAGCAUGGAGAAUUGUAAGCCUACUUCCACACCGCUGUCUACUUCCGAGCAGCUUGCACGAGUGUCUGGACGGCCUCUCAGUAUCGAUGAUUCUUUCCGGUAUCGCAGUGUUGUUGGUGGACUGCAGUAUUUAACACUCACUCGUCCGGAUAUUUCAUUUGCAGUGAAUAAGGUGUGUCAGUUUCUCUCACAGCCCACUGAUGCUCAUUGGGAAGCUGUUAAGCGGAUUUUACGCUAUGUGAAAGGAACGUUGCACACAGGUCUGAAAUUUCGCAAGGCUGUCUCUACUAGCAUUAGUAUCUUCACUGAUGCAGAUUGGGCAGGUUGUCCGGAUGAUCGACGAUCAACUGGAGGUUUCGCCAUAUUCGUUGGACCGAACCUCAUUUUCUGGAGUUCGAAGAAACAACCAACAGUGUCAAGGUCGAGCACAGAGGCCGAGUACAAAGCCUUGGCGAAUGGAGCUGCUGAAGCCAUCUGGGUAGAGUCACUACUCAAAGAGCUUGGAGUGUCUCAGCAGCGUGUUCCGGUUCUCUGGUGUGAUAACUUAGGGGCCACAUAUCUGACUGCCAACCCAGUUUUCCAUGCACGUACAAGCACAUCGAUAUUGAUUUUCACUUUGUGCGUGAGCGUGUUGCUUCUGGAGCUCUUGAGGUCACAUUCAUUUCUUCUAACGAUCAGCUAG